AUGCGUUACCUUAAUCGUUUUGGUGCAAAGUGUGUUGGAAUUGGUGAAAUAGAUGGGACAAUCUGGAAUCCUGAUGGCAUUGAUCCAAAAGAACUUGAGGAUUACAAGUUGCAACAUGGAACAAUAGUUGGAUUCCCAAAAGCUCAGGCUUAUGAUGGGAACAUCUUGGAGGCUGACUGCGACAUUCUAAUUCCAGCAGCCAGUGAGAAACAGCUAACAAAAUCUAAUGCACAUAAAAUUAAGGCAAAGAUUAUCGCUGAAGGAGCCAACGGUCCCACAACCCCAGAAGCUGACAAAAUCUUCCUUGAGAGGAAUAUAAUGGUCAUUCCAGACCUGUACUUGAAUGCUGGUGGUGUAACUGUGUCUUAUUUUGAGUGGCUGAAGAAUCUCAAUCAUGUGAGCUAUGGUCGCUUAACCUUCAAAUAUGAGCGGGACUCAAACUAUCAUUUACUCAUGUCUGUCCAGGAAAGCUUGGAAAGGAAGUUUGGGAAACAUGGUGGAUCUAUUCCAGUGGUGCCAACAGCAGAGUUCCAGGCUAGGAUAUCUGGCGCUUCUGAAAAAGAUAUUGUCCACUCUGGCUUGGCGUAUACCAUGGAAAGAUCAGCAAGACAAAUUAUGCGCACUGCAAUGAAGUACAACCUGGGUUUGGACUUGAGAACUGCUGCCUAUGUGAAUGCUAUUGAGAAAGUGUUCAAGGUCUACAACGAGGCUGGCCUGACCUUCACAUAA